UACUACUACUACUACUAAAGUCUAGAAAGUAAAAUCGCUGUUCCAUGAUGUAGACAGUGUAAAUGCAGGAGAGAAAAUGGUUUGUCUGAUGAAGCUGAGGUUGUUUGAGUACUGGUUUUUCACACCUGUGACCGACUAUAACUGAUAAAAUACACAAACACUUUACUAGUGCUCAAAACUAUUUUUUUCAGCCUGCUGAAAACUUCUUUUUUUCCUCCAGAAAUUGUUAAGUUACUAAGAAGUACUGGCUACCAAAAGGUUAUUGAUGGAUACUGAAGUUUUGCAAACAAGUGUAUUACUUCCAGUAACAUAUUGUAGAAAUCUACUUUCCAUUUUAAAAAAAUUCCUCUUAAGAGCACCACCAUUUGGCAUUAAAACCAAACAACCAAUGAAACAUAUUCAACUAAAAAACCCCAACAACAACAAAAUUCAUCCAGCUGUGGGCAGUCCAAGUUGUUGAAACCUCUGCAGUGUCUCUGGCUGGCAGAGUUGAGCUGUUGGGGACAGGAGGGAGCUGUGGCAGAUCAGUCUCUGAUCUCAGAGGUCAUCCUGAAAGUUUUUCCCUGGGAAUUUGACAGCACUCUUAACUUAGUGUUUAUGUUGGGAUCAGUUUAAUGGAUCUCAGGACUGACUCAGUUUGUUGCCAGAGGUGAGGAAAAAUCAAGCAGACUGGCUUCAGCCCCUGAGGCAGGGAAGUCAGAUGAGGGGAAUUGUGCAUCUUGGUUCUGGGUGGUGGCAUGGCCACAGUGGCAGUGCCCUGUGUGGGCACUGUGGAGCUGCUCUCCCUCCCUUGGACCAGUGCUGGCACCUCUGUCCCUUGGAUUUGAGCCUUGGGCAAACCAGCAUGUUACAAACUGAUCACUGCAAGAUUUGGUGUCUCUGUUUUAGGGCUACAGAUAGAAAAUGAGAUUUAGUUCAGUUGGUGCUGAACAUUAUUGGCACAGUGCUAAUAAUGCCAAGGUUGUGGGUUUGAUCUACAUAUGGGCCAUUCACUUAAGAGCUGAAGUCCAUGAUCCUCUAGGUCCCUUCCAACUCAGACUAUUCCAUAAAUUCUUUAAAACCUGGGCAGUGGCUCAUAUGGCUGGGAGCUCCUCUGCUCUACUCAGUAAUUACACCAAGAUGGAUUUUGGCACAAAGCAGGCAAUCAUCAAUAGGAGGGAGCACUCCCAGCAAACUGUCUCCAUGUGAUCACAACCUUAUAAAGACUCUUUUAUCCAUUGGCCUGAUCCUGGUGCAGAACUUUAACUGGAGCUGCCAUCAGCUUGGCCUGUUGAUGUUGAUGUCCAUACCAUGGUACUGAGCACUGGUGCCCACCGUGCCUGGCCUUGCAUGGUGGGUACAAAAUUGAAAGAGAAGUUAAAGGCUGGGGGUGAAUCAGGGCUGGGGAAGAGUCUGCAGGGAUGUGGGUCUGACACCUGACAGCUUGUGCUGUCACCCAUCUUGUCACCUUUCCCAUGAUCUUGCCCUCACCUAGAUCCUGCUGUCGGGUGUCAGCUGCACUCUUUGACCUCCUUGAAAACCACAAACCAACUUCUUAGGGGUCCUUGUGUUUUCUGUGCCACAGGGCCUGGAUUGCCAAGGGGGCUUAGCAGGUUUGUGCUGCUUGGGAGAGCAUUUACACCCCACAGUAUCAGCUCCAGCUGCCUAUUGGUGCUGUAUAAGGUUGAGUGUUUUCAGAAGCUGCAGUAAGUACUGAGUAAAUCUGCCCUGAGUUCCUGAACCCAGCUGGUGGCACAGCUGCUGUGGCAUAAGCUGCCUGUUUUGGCUUUGCUUUUCUUCCUUUUAUUAGUACCACACUGCUAAAUUAAAAAUUACCUGCUGUUUUCCAUGCUCAGUUCCAUGGGUCUCUCCUCUGUUAGACACUGGAGGACAUUACCCAUGCCUGUGCCCAGGGAUGUCUUCCAUCACCAGAUGAUGUUCCAGUCUACCAUGUACACAGCAAAACAACCUGAGCUACAGGAACACCUCCUUUCUCUACAGAUUGCAGCAAUCCUCACUCUGAGGAGGGAUUACAGAAUUAAAGCAACUCUUGGCCUGCAGGUUCCCUUCUGGUUACUGGAUGUAGCACCAGAGAGCUUAAAAAAACCCCUGAGCCCAUCUUUUCUUGGCAGAUCUGUUUAAGAGAGAUGGGAUAAAGCAGUCAGCUAUUUGAUAAUCAUCUUAAAUCAGAUUGUCAUGAGAUCUCAGCAUAAACAGUCUCAAGGAGCUAACAAAACUGACUGUUUCAGACAAUUCUCACACCAUCUCAGACCUCCAUUGGCAUCUACUUACUUGUGGCCUCAUGGACCCACUCAUUUCUUUCCUUGGUAUUGCUUUAGGCCAGAUAACCAGCACUGAGGUUCCCAUUGCAUCAACCCCAGCACCUCCCAGUACAGCCAGCACUGAGGUUCCCAUUGCAUCAACCCCAGCACCUCCCAGUGCAACCACUGCUGCAGCCUCUGCUCCCCCAGCUGCUCCUGCAACACUCUCAGCUGGACUGACCCCAACCACUGCAAACCCUGCUGCAUCCACAUCAGCUCCAUCUGCUGAUGCAAGCACAAAAUCCCCUUCCCAGACUCUGCCCACCACCAUGGGGACCAGCCCCACCUCUGGCAGCAGGGCUGCCUCUCAAGGGUCUGCAGCACUGACAGUCACAUCCAGCAGUGUCCCAGCGUCCCCUCCAGGAGUGACCACAUCCCCUGGGGUCCCAGCAUCAGCUCUGCUCCCCACCACCCCCCAGCCCUCCAGCUGCAGCACAGUGAAUGUGACAGCCUGUGCCCGCUGCCCCCCUGGGACAGUCCCCACCCAAGGCACCUUGAGCUGCUCGUGCUGCACAGGGGGCUCGUGUGUAGAUCCCAGUGCCUGCAGCCCCUGCCCACCUGGCCACUACCAGCCCCAAAGUGGGCAACCAUCCUGCCUGCCCUGCCCACAGGGGUAUUACACCAGCUUCCCAAGGAGCACUGUGUGUCUUCCCUGCCCACCAGGACAUUUUGCUAAUGAGUCUGGGACUGCAGCCUGCAGAGCCUGUGAGCAAGGCUAUUUUAGCUCCAAGCAAAAUGCAGCUUUUUGUCUGCCUUGCCAGCCGGGAUCAUUUUGCAACACCAGCAGCUGCUCGGCCUGUCAGUCGUGCCCCGGCGGGCAGGAGGCUCCUCGGGAGGCGUCGGAGCGCUGCGAGCCCUGCCCGGCAGGUACAUUCAAGGGUCCCGGUGAUGACAGAUGCAAGGCCUGCAGGACAGGAGAGUACCAAUUACAGCGGGGCAAGGAGAGCUGUGACCUGUGCCCAGAAAACCACUACUGCCCUAGCCCAGAUGUGAACCCAGUCAAGUGCCCUCCUGAUGCCUUCUGCCCCAGGGGCAGCGUGGAGCCCACCUACUGCAUGGAACUUUUCCUGUACAAGGCAGGGGACUCCUGCCAGCUGACCCCUGCCACUGUCAUUGUGCUGGCCACCUUCUCAGCAGGUGGAAUCAUUGUUGUAUUUCUAAUAAUUCUGAGACAGCGGCAAGAGCACAGCAAGAAAUCCUUGAGGUCUCUGUUGCUGCCCCGGGGCUCGGGAGGACACCCCACGUACGGGGGCAUGGAACACACAGAGCCAGUCUAUGCUGGCUGGUAGCACAGGCCACCAGCAGCAGCCACCUGCCUCUCCCUGCCCUGGGGCAACACAGAUGUGGUUCUGGGCAAGAUGUUUAACCACAAGCAACCUAGUUCUGUAUAGCUAAAAUCCGUGCUGGGAAAUAAAACUCAAGGUUUUGAGUUGUG